UUGAAGGUGCGCGAGCUGUUGACGGGAGUCGUGAUUCUGUGUAUUGAGGUGUGCGUUGAAUUAUUUAAGUAUUUGAAGAACUUUGGUUGUAAGUAGGGAAUUGUCAUUCUGCUUCUUUUCCUUGGUUGUAGUCAAUUGAACCACUACAAUUCCGGAACAACUAGCUAACCAGCACGUGUGCGGUGGUGCUUUUUUGAUAUGAUGAUGAUGUUUAUGGCUCGUCAGAAUGUCAGUGAGUUACACAGUCAGUUUGUUGCGGUUUUUUUUCUGCGUGCAAAUAGUACAUCAUCGCGCAGCGCAGUGUGAUAUAAAACAAACGGUGGUGUUCACCUCUUGAUAAAAUCAGUACGAAUGAAUGUGGCAUGUGGAAUAAUUUAGUCUUUUUAAGUCUUGUCGUCUUUUUUUAAAAAAAAAAAAAAAAAAACAUCUUCGUCGCUUUUUUGUAAAUACUUUUAACCUUCAGAACCUGGUGGUUUGCACCAUACGUGUCAGUAGACACUAGAGCGGUAAAGCAUGUCCUCCUUACUCGUGAUAUCCUCAAAAGUUCAACCAAAAUUCAUUGUCCCGCUCCUGAACACGAGCCCUGGCCGCUUUCUUCUUCAGAAGCACGUGCAGCAAUGGCCUUUGAAGCUUGGCCUGCUGUCACAUGUAUGUCUCAAAGUGACACACUUGCCAGGGAACGGAGACGUUCUGCGUGGCAAGAAGGCGGUGAAAGAAAAAGGCACCUGGUCGAGAGACAAGCAGCCCCGCUUGAGGUCGGUGUUUGCAGCAGGUACGGCCCACAGGACAAGCGAAAACCUGAGGAAGAAAGCUGGGGAGAAAGUGCUGGAUGAGCCAGUAAGAAGUGAAAAGGCUGCUCGUGCUGGCAUUCCAGGCCGUCCGCUCACAGCGGCAGAGUGGACGAAUCUCAAACGCGACGCCACCCAUCCGCUUCAGUUUGAGGUUCAGAUGAUGAGGAGGAUGCUGACCGCUGGGUCGGAUGUUAAUAUUGCCAAGUCCCUGCUAGCUUACGUUGCUGUGGAGACUGGCACUUUGACCUAUGAGUUGCUUUUAAAGUAUUUGACACUGUGUGUCCAUGGUGGCCAUUAUUCUGAGGUCCUUGACUUAUAUGGAAUUAUGAAGAACCGUUUCAAGUCCCUUGACCCUGGGGCCUUCAGUCUUUUCAUCAAGGGUUUCAGCAACACAGACCGCUGGAAAGAGGCACUUGGCUUCUUAGAGAGUCUCAGCAAGCUCAUCACCCCUACUGCAAGCAAUUAUGGCGACGUCAUCGCUGCUGCACUACGGAAUGGCGACAGUGCCACUGGCUGGGCAUUGUACAACAAGCUCCUGGAGAAGGGCCUGAGUCCCAACCAGGGCACAUGGCAGGCCUUAUUUGAGAGUGGUGUCUCGCAGCAUGGUCACGAGGAUCGCUUUGAAGGCAUCUUAUAUUACAUGAGGGACAAUCAGCUGUAUCCGGUGGAGUCGCUAGCCAGGAGCAUCAAGGCCUGGUUUGAAAGUCUUUCAGAAACUAAAUGGACAGGACACUGGUCAACUGUUGCACCGAGUGGUGUGUGCCGGAGUUGCGGGACGGCCCUGGAGUCCAUCGAGCUUAGUGAGGAGGAGUAUAGGUUACUGAAGGAGCAGGUGAUGCAGGAUAUCAUGGAGGGGGAUGAUGUCUUCAUCAAGACUACUCCCAAGGAAUUGAAGAACUUCCAGAAGUUUUUAGAGAGCGUGCCAGCAUUCGAUGUGGUUCUUGACGGCCUCAAUGUGGCCAAAACUAUGGGCAGAGGAAGACCGUCAGAGAUUCUGCUGACAGUGGUGUCGGAGCUUGAGAAGCAAGGCCUCAACAUGCUGAUCCUCGGGCGGAGCCACAUGCAACGCUACAGCCGCAACUGGGACAGGCAGGACAUGAGCCUUGUGCGACAGAUGGCGUGCUGCUUUUUCACAGACAACAUAUCCGAGGAUGACCCCUUUCUCCUGUAUGCCACGCUGCACUCUGGGAAUCACUGCCGCUUUGUCAGCAGAGACUUGAUGCGGGACCACAAAGCCUGUCUGCCAGACAGUGCAAUGCGCCGACUGUUCUUCAAGUGGCAGCGUGGGCACCAGCUGGUCAUCCAGGGAGUUAACCCAGGGAGGUCGGUUCGGUUCCAGCCAAUUCAGAGUUACGACACCAUUGUGCAGACAGAUGGCAUGUCUUGGCACAUACCCUAUGACCCCGAAGGGCAGGAACGCUGCUCCUACGAGAUCCCUACAGCAUGGCUCUGUCUCAAGAGAGUUUCAUGAAAAACUGUGCUGCCCAUUUUCUGUGUAACCCACUAUUAGU